CAGUUUUGGCCCUAACGAAGUUUUAGUGAUGCAGGCAGGGGAUGAUAAAUGAUGCGGACCCCGGUUCAAUCACUGACAGCGUCUAGCCCCGCCCACCGGUCCAUGCGAGCUCUUCCCCUCCAGCUGAUCGGACCAUGGACGUGUUCGCGGUUCCUGCAGACAGACCCAGAGGAUGGUACCUUUCUCUCAUGGCUCCUAACACGAAGGGAUCGGAGUUCGCCUGGCUGGACCCGUCCAGACUUUACUGCAACUCUCAGGCUUUGGCGGACUGUGUGCAGGACCUCCUCGGUCCGUUCCACAGAGACCCCGUUGACCUGGUUGCUGGGAUCGAUGCGAUGGGAUUUAUCCUGGGAACAGCUGUUGCCACCACUCUGGGGAAAGGAUUCCUGGCUAUCCGUAAAGCAGGUCAUCUGUGUGUCGCAACACAAACCCAGAACUACAGCGACUACACAUCCCGAGAAAAGAGCAUGGAAGUGAGGCUGGAUGUGCUGAAACCAGGUGUGAGGGUGUUGUUGGUGGAUCAGUGGAUCGAGACCGGAGGCACGAUGAGAGCUGCCAUCCAGCUGGUGGAGAAGCUGGGAGCCUCUGUUGCAGGCGUAGCCGUCGUGGCCAUCGAGAACACCGAAGGCGGGAAGUGGAUUAAAGAAAACUAUAAGUUCUCCCAGUGUGUUCCCCAAGAGCUGCAGGCUCAGAUCGACGGGAAAUAUUUGGACUCCUUUAAAAUUUUUAAUAAAUAGACCCAAAUCCACAGGGAUUCAAGAGCGACGGACACUAAAUAGUUUAGUUUGCUUUAUUAUAAUAUAGAAUAUACAGUCAAAUCUCAUUUUUACAGAACUUGACGAGGUUAUCUCUUAUGACAUCAAAUUAAAAGCUGAUGACUAAAUAUUCACAGAUAAAAACAAAACAGUCAUGCUUAUAAUAAAAAUACCUGUUAAAAUGAUUUAUGUCACAGACUCUAGUUAAUAAUACUCAGAUAAACAAAAUAAAAUGUUUUGUCCCACGU